CGCUUUUCCGUCUCAUUGACACUUUGCGGAUCGCACGCGAAUAUAAGUAUGUUGCUGCGCGGAAUUGCAUUCGCGGAGGCGCGUCGUAAUUCGGCGCGGCGCGUCUUCAAGAACCGUGACAAAACUCAGGGUAACAACGGAUGCGAGCGAGACGCGUCGGAUUUCCCUUACGAUGGAUCAUCCACGCGAAAUAUGCGCACGAUGGCGAUGAUGGUUUAUCGACCCACGGAGCAGCCGCUGUCUCCCGUUUUUUCGACCCCGUUUGAAAGCGAGGCGAUAUCAUUCGUCGCCACAGCGUCCAAGCUGGCCACCGUGGAAGAUGCGGGUCCAAAGCGGCCCGAAGGCCCCAUCCGACCAUCCGCCGCCUCCUUAAAGGUUUCACCCUCGGCCAGGGCGACUCUCCAAGCAUUACGGUCACCGAAGAGCAAGCUAGUCAUCCCCGUUAAUACCCGCGACGCUGAGACCAUCACGGAUGUAUGCAGCGGAGAAGAGCUGCCAGAAGUCGAGAUAAUCAGUCUGUUGGAGGAGCAAAUACCGAGGUAUCGUUUACGAGCUGACACCUUAACGCAGUUUCAAGGCUACGAGAACGCAGAUUGGUUUAUUCCGUCGCCUGCCCUCAGAUCGGAGGACGUCGACUUGAAAUUAUCGCCGGACCAGAUCCGAGAGACUCUUAACUACUUCAUCUUAUGUAGCAACCGGGUGAGCCAAAUGACCAAAACCUAUAAUGACAUAGAGGCAGUUACAAGGCUUCUAGAGGAGAAAGAAAAAGACUUGGAGCUGACAGCGCGGAUCGGCAAGGAACUGUUGGCACACAAUCAGAAGCUUGAGACCACAGUAAACGCGUUAGAAGCUGAGCUCAAGGAAGCGAACGAGAAAAUUACACAGUUGAAUCAUGAGGUGUUAAAGAAGACCGAGCUGAUACAGAUACUAACGAAUGAUGUGGACGAAUCUAGCUCGGAGGCCGGAACUCCCACCGGCCUUCGUGGAAUUAAUUUGGAGAUGCUCCAGAGGAAGGUCAGCUCUCUGGAGGAUGAAAACAAACAGCUACGCAGCGAAUUCGUUAAAUUGGUGCGCGAUACCGACAAUUCCGAGGAAAAGGAGGCACGCCUCGUAAAAGACAUUGCAGCACAAUUAGCAAGUGCCAACAUGGAGGUGGACGGAAUAGCGGAGGAGCUCGGUCGCCAAAAGGAGAAUCGCCUGCAACAUGAGCAAAUAGUCAGUCUCACAGCGAAAUUAGCUGAGACGGAGCUUAGGCUCGCUCAGCUUAUGGCGGAGCACGACGAGGUGGGAACGACUCUAGUCAUUACUAGGGAUAAUCAAAAUACACUUGCCAGUGAACUAGCCGAAUUUAAGGAGCGAUAUGCAGAGGUGGUAAACCUUCUAGCUGAAACUCAAGAACAGUUGCGAAAACAAAGGAAACGCGGAAUGCCGACAGUACGCGGUGGAUCUCUGUUUCCAUCGAUGGGCGCGGCGCCUCAACCGGAUUCUAUCGCCUCGGAACUAGAGUCGUCCUUAUAUUCGGAAUUGAGUCUCGACUCCGGAAUCUGUGCGGGUGACAGAAUAUCAACUUAUAAGAAGGUAUUCGAAACCGUUCGUAGCGCAUCCCGAGCAUCGUACGCGGGUAUGGAUCCAAAUCAAUUCCCUAGGUUAAGCUCUAUGACGACGUCCACGUUAUCCAGCAGUUCUGCUGGUCCACGGAUGAGUUGUGGACAAAUACGACCGCAGGUAUCUACAUAUCCUAGCUUGGAUUCUACCGGUCACAGUGAUGAAGGCUCUUUGCUGGCCGAGUCGGAAGAUUAUCCAGGGCCGCAACGAACGGGUGUACCUGGUGCUCCUGGUGCAGCUGAUCUGGAGGCCGCUUUGCGUCGUUUGACACCGGCCGAAGUAUUGGCGAGGCGUGCAUGUCUCAGUACAGGCGGUUACAAUUAUGAUUACGAUGGCGGCACGUUACAUUCCCCGUCAACCUUUCUGCCGUUCGACUGUCGUACUCCCGAUAGUAUUAUGUCGACCGGCAGCAGCGGUAAUCUGAGCGGUUUUAGUGGCAAUAGCGGCAACGCUUGGCGUAUCCCACAGAAACUUCAGAUAGUCAAACCGAUGGAGGGCUCCCAGACGUUGCACCAUUGGUCGCGAUUAGCGACACCAACGUUGGGUGGAUUGCUGGAGGACAGGCCAGGUGUGAAGACCAGGGGUGGUCGUGCUCUCGAGGAUCUCGGUCUCCUUACGUUCACCCUGAGCGAUUUAGAAGAGGACGAGGAAUACACAAAUCCUGGUAAACCUUUCCAGGAUACCGGUUCCGUUUACACGUAUACUAACAGCACUGUGAUGCAUCCGGACGAUCAUACCAUUAGCAGCGUGACACCGAGUAUCGUCGGCAGCCGCAUCGCUACUGCACCUAACAGCGGUAUGAAUUCAGGUAUGAACUCCGGUAUGAACUCCGGUAUUACUCCUCGCACACACAGUCGACGCAAUUCGACGUCGACGUUCUCCACCACGCUCGGACUAGCCAAGAUGCUGAACGAAAGAGGGAUCAAAGCUGUUACGCCUUCGUGCGUAGCUACGCCUAGCCGACGUAAUUUCUCGCCGACUGCUACACCGUGCAACAGUCCGGAUGCGAGUUUGUCGCCUACGAGAUCGUCGUCGCCGCCGCCAUCACCGGAAAGCGGUGCUUCUCUGACGUUGGGUUUGCUCAGCAGUGGUGCGGAAUUACUCAGGCGUACCUUUAGCUACGAGGUACCGGCGGCGCAGUCUAAGAAGAAGAGACCAAAGUCAACGAUUACGCGCUCCGAUAAGAAGGCUCUCACGGGAAUACGUCUGGUGGAGAAAUUGGAAAGAAUCGGAAUUGAUACGAUUAUGGCUACCACGUUCUCGUCGAUCUCGCCGCUAGCUCUACAAGGUGCUCUGUACACGCGUCGCUCGACUGGAGAGUCCAUGGCACAAUUGACUUUCCUCAAAACUUCCAUGUCCUCCAGUACCAGCCAAGAGAAAAUACUCCCUGUCUCGUCCUUCACAUCCUCCGCCAGUGAUGAUUUCCCAUUGGACAAGUCGCGACAACAAGACAACAGUAAGGAGCCUGAAUCUAGUGUGUCCGAUUCCAGUUGGGCAUUUCACUCGAGAGCAUCGGGUCAAUCGCCGGAUCGACAACGACGAUCGUGUGCUAGACGACGAGGCCCGAUCUGGGACGAGUUAAAACCGCCAGUUUCAACGCCCGUUACUAAAGAAUCUACUAAACAGUCGGCAUUAGGAGCGAUAAGCUCGCUUCUUUUUGGUCGCAAGGCGGUUUACUAUGAAUAUUUUGUAGGGUCUGUAUGAAUGGAUCGAUCACUUCCAGCGAAUUAUUUUUAACAGAAAUUUGCACAAGA